GGAGCAUUCCAAAACAGGCAGACAGCUCAUCCCAUCUCCAGCACCACAGGGGACGCGGGCUUGCAUCACACCUUGAGCCACAGGGACCAUGACUGACAUGAGGGCUGCAUUCCUGGUGCUGCUCCUCUGGGCCAUGGCCUGUGCUCACCCUGUGCCUGGCCAUGAACCCACCCACCCCAGCACCCUGCAGAAGGGUACUGCAAAUGAAGAUUCUAUCAGCAAGCUGGGCAACCACCUAGAUGGCGGAGAUGGCAGACAUCCUCCUGCCAGUCCAGAGACAGGGGAAAAUGCCCUUGCCAGGGAGCUGAUGGGUGAGAAUGCCAUGGAUGAGGAGCUGGGUGAGCUCAGUGGCCAAGACGUGGGAGGCCGAGUUGGGCAGGUUCAGCACAUGAACCAGGUGGACCACGAGAACAUGGGCACCCACAAUGGAAACGACCUUGGUUUCCUGGACGUGGAUGCACGUGACACUGAUAAUGGUGACAAUGGAGACCACUACAGCACUGGAGCCAAUGGGUUUCCCUCCCAUGGCGGUGGGUUCCUGGACGAGGAGGAUGACAGUGGGGAUGACACCUUCGAUGCCAAUGGGGAAGAGGAAAGGGGCGAAGGCCCUACCUACGUGGCUGGUGCUGAUGGGGCAGGGGAGCACGAGCAUGACACUGGCCGUGGGGAUGUUGGGGCUGGUGGGAGGCACGGUGAAAGCAGCAGCAGCAGCAGUGAGAGCAUUGGGGCAGACCACCGGCGCUACAGGAACUACAGCUUUGGGCGCACUUACAGGCACGGAGGGGCCAGCAGCAGCAGCCAGGAGGAGGAGAGCUAUGACUUCCAGGAUGAAGCCAUGCAGGGCGAUGAUCCCUCUGUCUUUGAUGGCCCAGCCAGCAGCUACAGGAUACGGCACAGUGGCCCCCAUGCCCUGGGGAACAGCUGGGAGAGUGUCCAGUGGGCUGGAUCCCACCGCUGGGAGGAGGGUGACAGCAGGUCCCCCGAGGUGGAGGACGGUGAUUCUGGAGAAGACAGCCCAUCCAUGGAGGACAACAGUCAGUCAGAAGAGUCUGUUGACAGUCAGUCAGAGGAAAAAAGCUCCAGCCACUCCAGGGGGGAUGAGGAUGACAGCACAUCCAGAGAGGAUGAAAACAGCGAGGACAGGGAGGGCACUGAUGAACAGUCAGAUGAAGAGCCAAGGGAGACCCCAGAGCUGGUGAGAACCUUGAAUGAGCACAGCAACAGCCAGACCUGGGAAGGGCAGGAGGACUGGGAUUCUGCUGAGGACAGGAGUGUGUUGUCCACACCUGACAGUGAGUCCAGGGAAGAAGAGGGUGAACAGAGCAAGUCCAGGGAAGAUGAUGAUGACCAGAGCCAGUCCUCAGAGGACACUGUGGAGGAGUCAGAGGAUGAGAAUGACUCUGUGCCAAGCACAUCAGCUGAGAGCCCAGAGUCCCCAGAAGAUGACAGCAGCCCAGAGGACAACACAGUUGAGGACAGCAGGUCCACAGAGAGCGACAACAGCGAGUCCCAGGAAGAUGAUGAUGACGUGGAGAGCCACUCCCAGGAGGAUGCCACCCAGGAGUCCAGCAGCCAUGGGGACGACAGCUCCCUGCAGAGCCUGGAAAGCAGGGGCCGCAAGCGGCGGCUGGAUGCCCUCCGCCACAGACCUGCUGCUGACUAUGACGACAAUGACUGCCAGGAUGGGUACUGACCUG